AUGUUUUUCCGAUCUCCCCGCAGAUUUGCCAUAUUUUCCUUUGUAACGCUGCUCUUCAUAUGCGUCGUACUGCGCCAGAGCCCAUGGGCCCAGGAAAAGGUGUACGAGAGGAUACCGCUCUACAACCUGGAAAGACAACAAUCAGAGCAAGAAUUGUUGCACGAAUCUCACGAACCCCAAGCCCCUCUUGAAGAUGCAUGGCAACAUGCGCUUCCCAUGCCUGGCGCAACCCCCAGCCCAGCAAAGGUCAUUCCACCUCCCAUGGAGUCUUCACGUGAGAAGGAGCCCGAGUCGAAGCCUGCCAAAGCUCACCCACCGUGGAUGACUGCGCCGUCAAGAACUGGCAAUUUUAUUCCUCCUGCCCCGAAACCGACCAACAUGAAGGAGUACGUUAAGAAGAUGCUUAAAUGGCCCCGACCAAGCUGGGAUGGACAUUGGCCCCCAUUCAGCGACUACAUCAACAAGGCGUAUGAUCCCAAUCGUUGGGAGCAUUUUGAUAUGGACUACCGCAUUUACGAGGCAGGACAUGACAAGCUCAACGAGACAGCCGCGGCUGAUCCAGUAGCCUACAAGCCGUUCCCCAAGUACAACACUCCCGAAUGGAAGAAGAAAUGGCAUGGCGAGCACGUGGCUUGUCUAGGUCCUCGGGGUAUCCCACUAAACAUUAGUACCGAUGACGAAGUCCAAGUGUACCGUGGACUCCCUGAAGAUUUUCCUCCAGUCUACGCAGGUGGUUAUGAUGUCAUUGGCCUGGACGAGGAUGUUUGCUUCGACCGCUACUCGCGAUAUGGCCCGUACGGAUACGGCGACGACGAGUUCCCAGAGGUUGUCAAAGACUGGAAAGCGCCCAAGUUGGUACCUGAGUGGUCUGAGGUCAAUUGGGGCGAGUUGCAGGCCGAUUGCUUGAAGCGUAACAAGGAACGAUACCGACCCGGUGCGAGAUCCGAAAUUGUAAAGAUACCUAGUACCGCUUUGCCUGAGCCCGCUUCUGCUUCUGCAGCUUUUGCGAUCCCAACAGAUACCAGCAGGAGCAACCUCGAGGUUAGAUAUCAGCCGGAGAAGAAGUACCAUCACCGCACCGCUGUUCUCAUCCGUGCCUGGACCGGUUACAAGUACGAAGAGAACGACAUCACUGCGAUCCGCGCGAUGGUGUCCGAGCUUUCUCUCCAGUCUGGUGGGGAAUAUCAGGUUUACCUUUAUGUCCACGUCAAGGAUAGGAAUCUUCGAAUUUUCGAUGACCAGGAUGAAUACGACCGUGUACUUCGGGAGAAUGUGCCUGAGGAACUCCAAGAUAUGGCAAUCCUAUGGUCAGAGUCUAUUUUUCCACAGUGGUACCCGAAGGUUAUGGAUUGGCAGGUCUAUUGGCAACAGUUCAUGUGCCUGCAAUGGUUCAGUCUUACCCACCCCGAAUUCGACUACAUCUGGAACUGGGAGACAGACGCAAGAUACACCGGACACCACUAUCACUUUUUUGAGAAGAUUAGCGAGUUUGCCGACAAGCAGCCCAGGAAGCUUUUGUGGGAGCGCAACAAGAGAUACUAUCUCCCCAGCAUCCACGGAGACUACCAGUCAUUUGUUGAGAACACGCACAAGGACGUUUUGAACGCAUCGGCCAAUUCGCUCAUUCCACCUCCAGUGUGGGGACCACGACCCUGGGCACGCGCUGAUCCUCCACAAAAACCACUUGGACCCACACCACCCACAACAAUGGAAGAAGAUAACUUUGAGUGGGGUGUUGCCGAGCCUGCGGAUUUCAUCACUCUCCUCCCCAUGUGGGACCCACGUAACACGACCUGGUCCUACAAGGAUAAGAUCUGGAACUACCUCCCGGGUAUCAGGCCAAUCUUCACUCCCGAAGACGGACAGGCAGAUUGGUUCACGCACCCCGACUUUGAGCAAAUCGACCGCCGAACAUUCAUCAACACUGUUGUACGAUUCAGCAAGAAGAUGCUCCAAGCCAUGCACGAGGAAAACCUAGUCGGCCGCAGCAUGCAGGCUGAGAUGUGGCCCUCAACCGUGGCCCUUCAACACGGUCUCAAAGCUGUCUACGCCCCUCACCCCAUCUUCACCGACCGUCACUGGCCCGCCGGCUACACAGAAGCCAUUUUCGACACCGCCAACACCGUCGACCCGGACACGGGCGAAGCCCUCGAACCCCGCCAGGGCGCCUGGACCGAAGAAGCAGACUCCCCUUACAACCACGACCGUGAAUACAACUUCCAAGGCUGGAGCUGGUACUACGCCUCCCGUUUCCCGCGCAACCUCUACCGCAGAUGGCUCAACUGGCCCAUGACCAAGCAGAAUUGGGGCGAGGAAGAACAGAUUGAUGGUGGUCCAGGAUCCGAUGGCGUCCUCGAACAAAAGAGAAUGUGCAUGCCUGGUAUCCUGUUACAUCCCGUUAAGCGCAUGACGAAAACUGAUCCUAAGCCCUAA